AUGUCCGUCGACAACGAAAUCAAAGGCAGAUUAGCCCUGAUCACUGGUGCGUCUGGAGGGAUUGGUGCCGGUUGCGCACGAGACCUGUACAAGAAUGGCUGUCAUCUCGCCCUGACAUACUCCAAAAACAAAGCUAAUGUCGACAACCUGAUCGCCGAGCUCCAGGGCGACUCGACCUCGUCCGAGCAGAAGAUCUCUUCACACCAAGUAGACAUGGCAUCCACAGAAGAUAUGGAAAGAUUAUACAAGGAGAUUGAAUCACAGCAUGGUCACGGACCAGACAUUCUGAUCGCCAAUGCAGGAUACGGAAAGCGGGUGCCGCAAAUAGUGGACAUCACAUAUGAGGAAUUCGACUAUACAAUACUGAUCAACCUGCGCGCACCGUUUGUCCUUGCAAAACUGGCCGUCCCGCAUAUGGCGCAGCAGAAAUGGGGGCGCAUCAUCAUGAUGUCCAGCAUAGCCGGCUACGGAGGGGGCAUCAAUGGCUGCCACUAUGCGGCCUCCAAGGCCGGCCUCACGGGCAUGAUGAGGAACCUCGCCCUCAAACUGGGCAAGGACGGAAUCACGGUCAACGACGUGGCGCCGGCCAUGAUCGGCGAUACGGGGAUGAUCCCCAACGCAAAGUUUCUCGAGGGCACGCCUGGAGAUGUGAGGAAUAUCCCCGUGGGCAGGCUAGGCACGCCGCAGGAGUGCGCGAAUGUGGUCACCAUGCUGUGUCGCACGGGCUACUUGACCGGGCAGAGUAUCUUGUUGACUGGAGGGUUGAAAUGA